AUGCUCCUGCGGAAGUAUCUACUCGUUACGGAAUCUCAGGUGUCAAAGUGUGGAUUUCAUAUAGUCAAAAAGAAAGGGGACGUGCUAUAUCCGAAACGUACGAAAUCUAGUAAAUAUCGUAAAGGCAGAUGUAGUAGGGGUUGCAAACCGGACGGUACACGACUUGGUUUUGGAAGAUAUGGCACUAAAAGUUGUAGAGCUGGUCAUCUUUCAUAUCGAGCCAUUGAAGCAGCGCGUCGAGCUAGAAUUGGGCAAUUCCAUCGUACUAUGAGCGGACAAUUCCGAAUAAAUGGUAAGAUAUGGGUAAGAGUUCUCGCAGAUCUCCCUAUUACCGGGAAACCUACAGAAGUCAGAAUGGGAAGAGGAAAAGGAAAUCCUACGGGUUGGAUUGCUCGUGUGUCCACAGGACAAAUCCCAUUUGAAAUGGAUGAUGUGAGUUUGUCAAAUGCUCGACAAGCCGCUACAUUAGCGGCGCAUAAACUAUGUUCGUCAACCAAGUUUGUUCAGUGGUCAUAA